AUGGAUACCAACAAGAUUUCCGGUGAAGGUGCUGAGGAUAUUGAAGUUCCUGUCGAAGACCCUAAUCCGUACUCUGAGUUUUUCACUCCACGCCAUGAACCUUUUGAUGAUGAUCCUGUGGAGGUUGCCCGCCAUUCCGCCCUCCUGGAGUUGCUGACGAAAGGACCCAGGGAAGGAACCAGCAAGGUGAACAUUGUAUCACCGCGUGAGACACCAAAGGAAUGGCUUCAGAGGCUCACCACAGUCGACUUUGCAGACCCUUCUACUAUAAACAACCUUCGCUCGGACCUAGUCAUCAACAACGUCGCAGACUUUGAUCUAGUUACCAACGGUGAAUCUGACUUUACUGUGUCACCAUUUCCUGGAGCUCUGACUGUGGAUGAUAUACCGCCUAAGGAAGAAGAGGCGAUUUUCUCUUCGUAUCUUGCCAGCGAUCAUCCGGGUCUGUUGUGUCUCGAGGGUGGCAGUCAGACCGAUAUCCUUGCUGAUUAUCGCGUCAACGAGACACCCAAACAAUCAGCGGCUGGUUUCCCCCUUCCUUCUGUCGUGCUUCCGAUCGGGCGGUUACAGAACUGGUGCAAGGACAAGGCUGGCAUCUCAUACUCAGGUGAUACUGACUAUGUCCUCGUCAUCGAUGCCGUCGCGGAUGCGCACCCUCUCUGGCUAGUUUUCGACCGGAAAGUUAGAAGCAUCGGAGAAGGGCAGACCUACGUCAAGCCAGAGACAGUCCAGCUUGUAUUGAGCGGGAUAGAAUAG